GGGGCCGCGUCGCCUCGGGGCCUCAAACCUCAGCCGCUCCCUCCUCCGCACUUUGACCUUCCGUUCGGCGGGGCUGUGGCUUAGUGGAGUCUGCAAAGUUGUGAUUUGUUUUCCCUUUCUGCUUCUCUGACACAGACAUCUUCCUCGCGGCAGCUCCCGAACCUGGGAGGCUGGUGGCUCAAAACCGCUCCCGCCAGCUGCUUUUCGGGCGAGGCCAGCCCUGAACUCUGGGAGAGCAGCCAAGUUUAGAGAAAUUAUUCUUAAUUUAGUGUUGUUGCUUGUGGAUUUGAGACUUGGGGAGGUUGAAUGUCACUCCAGUUUCUCAAGUUGCUGCUGAGAGAAGACCUGAGUUCAGAUCACAACGCUGUAUUCAUUACUAAGAAGCCUGUUCAUUUUAACGUUACCUGGAGAUAUUAGGAUGCCUCAUUGAUGGACAUGAACUCCUUCAGCCCUAUGAUGCCAACAUCCCCUUUAUCAAUGAUAAACCAAAUCAAGUUUGAGGAUGAAUCAGAUUUAAAGGAUCUCUUCAUCACAGUUGAUGAACCUGAAAGUCAUGUUACUACAAUAGAAACUUUCAUUACGUAUAGGAUUAUUACUAAGACAUCUCGUGGGGAAUUUGACUCCAGUGAAUUUGAAGUUAGGAGACGAUAUCAAGAUUUCCUUUGGUUGAAGGGAAAACUAGAAGAAGCACACCCCACUCUGAUUAUUCCACCAUUGCCAGAAAAGUUUAUAGUAAAAGGAAUGGUGGAACGCUUUAACGAUGACUUCAUUGAGACACGCAGGAAGGCUUUACAUAAAUUUUUGAACCGAAUUGCUGAUCAUCCAACUUUAACAUUUAAUGAAGACUUCAAAAUUUUUCUCACUGCACAAGCUUGGGAACUCUCUUCUCACAAGAAGCAAGGUCCUGGCUUGCUAAGCAGGAUGGGGCAAACUGUCAGAGCUGUUGCGUCCUCAAUGAGAGGAGUUAAAAACCGCCCAGAGGAGUUCAUGGAAAUGAAUAACUUUAUUGAACUAUUUAGCCAGAAAAUAAAUUUGAUAGAUAAAAUAUCUCAGAGAAUUUAUAAGGAAGAAAGGGAAUAUUUUGAUGAAAUGAAAGAAUAUGGCCCAAUUCAUAUUCUGUGGUCAGCGUCAGAAGAGGAUCUGGUUGAUACUCUAAAGGAUGUUGCCAGCUGCAUUGACAGAUGCUGUAAGGCCACUGAAAAGCGGAUGUCUGGACUCUCAGAGGCCCUGCUUCCUGUUGUACAUGAGUAUGUGCUUUAUAGUGAAAUGUUAAUGGGUGUUAUGAAAAGAAGAGACCAAAUACAAGCAGAACUGGAUUCCAAAGUUGAAGCUUUGACCUAUAAAAAGGCAGAUACUGAUCUGCUUCCAGAGGAGAUUGGAAAACUUGAAGAUAAAGUGGAAUGCGCUAAUAAUGCCCUGAAAGCAGAUUGGGAGAGAUGGAAACAAAAUAUGCAAAAUGAUAUCAAGUUAGCAUUUACAGAUAUGGCUGAGGAGAAUAUCCAUUAUUAUGAACAGUGCCUUGCUACGUGGGAAUCAUUCCUUACAUCACAGACCAACCUUCACUUGGAAGAAGCCUCUGAAGAUAAACCUUAAUCCCAUUGAGGACUUCUGUUUGAUCUUUGGGAGACAGCAUUUAUUAACCAAAGUUAUUCUUUCUGGAUCUGCCGUGUCCUUAUAAAGUGGAUGAAAAAUGUUUCGUACCCAUCUGGAAAACCAACAACUUGAAAUCUCAGGUAUUCCAGGUCACUGACAUGAAUUUGAAGAUAUAUCUAUCUGUAUGGAUAUAUAUCUAUAUGUAUAUAGAUAUAUAAAUACAGAGAGAUAUCUGGCUUGGUUUUAAUUAUGUUCUUAAAUUUGUGUGCCAAUAAUUGCAUAUAGAUUUUUUUUCUUAAAUAUUUGACUGUGGAACAUGCCAUUUUAAAUAUGUUGUAAGGACUGUUUUAAUAAAAAGUUUAGUAUGAA